GGUUUUGUUCACUUGAGAGUAGAAAAUGGCUGCAUAUGUUAGGACAGGUGAGGUUUACAUCGCCAGUUGUCCUCCUAAGUUUAAAAGGUCUAACCGUCUGUUGUAGUUAGCAACGGUAUGUGAUUUUUGUAACGGUCACUGCAAAAGCGAAAGUGUUCCUGAAGAUGAUUCGCGGAGUGCGAUCAAGACAUAGUGAGAUGCCAAUACCAACAAGAUCGGCACCAAAACCUCCUGGAAAUCCAAUUAGCCAAAGAAAUCUAGCUUGGUGCAAUAAUGAUCCCUUUGCUUCUAUAACAACAUCUCAGCCAGUACAGAAGAAAAAACCACCACCACGACCUCCACCUCCACGGAUCAAAAAAGAUAAUUUUCAAAAUCAAACAGAAAAACCAAAAAAAAAUACAAAACCAUCAGAGCUGUUUACGAAUUUCUUUGGAUUAAAAUCAACGAAAACUCAACAAGUAAAUGUAAAGUUUUCAAAUAAUCAUUAUCCACCAACGAAUUCAGUGAAAAACAGUCAUUCUAAUAAUUUAUUAGAAGGAACUGUAUCAUUAAUAGACCUAAGUCCUCCUGGAUCUCCUACAUUUACUACGAGAUCUAGUAGUGAUGGAGUUAGCAUUGAUAGCUUUGGAAGUGAUGGAAACUCAAAUCCAUCAGUAUUUACAAGUAGUGGUAAUACAUCACAAACUGAAAGUGCCUUUGAAGAUGACUUUGACUUCUUUGGAAAUUUGACAAAGCGAAAUGAACCGCACAAUGAUCCAUGGAAGCAAAGUACAACAUUUGAUCCAUUUUCACCAACAAGUGCAAGUAGUAAUAAUUCAACUAAUGGUGUUAAACAUAUUGGAGAAGCAUCUUUUUUUGCUUACAAUAAUGGUCCUACGCCAACAAUCAAGCCGCCACCAGUGAAUAAUAUUUCAAUGCCGACAAUAAUUCGAGCACGACCACCAAAACCACCGGCGCCGAAAGUUUUACAUACUAGUUUAGCACCGACUGUACCUAAUUUUAAAGCUAUUUCAACUGGAGUGACGGAAAGUAAUGGGAUUUUCAGUAAUUCUAAAGUUCAAGAUAAUUCUACGUGGCCAACGAAAGCUUUCGUUGAAGCCUUUCCAAGAAAUGGGGAAGACUCUUCACCUCCAAUGCCAUCUAUUCCUCCGCCAGCACCUCCAGCUGAGUUCUUAACUAAAUUAAAUUCUUCUGUUGCUCAAGUGGAACCUGAACCUCAAGGUGUUGCACUCUAUGAUUUCGAAGCUAUUCAACUGGGAGAUCUUACGUUAAAGCAGGGAGACAUUGUGAUGUUAACGAAGAAAAUUAAUAAUGAUUGGCUAGAGGGUCAAGUAGACAAUCGUGUUGGAAUGUUUCCAGCGAAUUUUAUUGAUAUUAUUGUACCAUUACCGGGCUGUUCAUCGAACAUCGUUAACGCUUUGUACACAUUUGCUGGGGAAACGUGGGAGGAUCUUCCAUUUGAGGAAGGAGCUAAGAUAACGGUGUUAUCAAGAAUAUCAGAUGAAUGGCUAUAUGGGGAAUAUGACGGUAAAAAAGGACAAUUUCCUGCUAAUUAUGUUGAUCGGGUGCCCCGUGAUUUACCGCAAUAUUCAUAAAUUUAUGAAUUCAUUUAACUCAACCUUGUAAAUCAGGAAAACUCAUACUAAUAGUUUUAAUAUAAUUUGGGUCCAUCGAUUGGAUAUCAUUAGAAAGUAUUUGAUAAUCAAAUAAUGUAAUUUGAUAACUGAUAUUAAAUAUAUUUUUGAUAAAAAAUUGAAUUGAAAAGAAUGAAACAAACAGGUUAAUAAUUUUCGAAUACCAAAGUUCAAUAUAUUCUUAAACAUAAUUUUUUAAACUUUAUUCAAUACAUGGAUUGAACUAAUUUUUCACUCAAUAAGCAGUUUUUUUUACAAAACUCGAAUUAGAAACAAAAAAUCUUCCAGUAUCAUAACUAAACUAUCUCUGAUUGAUACUCUUAAUUAAUAAAAUAAUCAAUAAUUAUGAAAAACUUUCUUCUAUUCGGUUAUAUAAAUCAUUGAAAAGUAUCAAAGAAAAAAAAAAGAUCAAUUUCUAUUAAUUACAUUGAUGAUGGAAGUAAGGUGUAAUAUAGAACCUAAUAAAUUAACAGCUGAUCAUUAAUUUAAUCAGCUAACGAUGGGGUAAUUAUUUAGAUACUAACGAUUGUAUAUAUUAAACGUUAAAUCUGAGUAGUCAAAAGUUUUAUACGAACAUUGACUACUGCAAUAUUCAGCUAAUUUUUAGCUUUUUCUAUGUCAUUCCUUGCGUGGAUGAAAAUACACGUAAGUUAGGUGUAUUCUGUAUAAUUUAAGAACCAAGUAUUAAUUAUGAAAGUAUGUUUCACUUUUUUCAUUGUUAUAUAAUUGAAAAAAUAGAAAAAAAAAAAUUCCUAUGAAAUACUGAAAGUCACUUGAACGGUGCCGAUUUCUUCAUUGAUGGUACUACUUCAUCAUUUAGAGUUGUAAUAAAAUUGUAUUAUUUCGUAUAUUUAUUUAUAAAUGAUCAAAAAUUAGAUUCUGAUGGAAUAAUAUAUUAAUAAAAAAUAUCAAUAUUUUAUGAAA